AUGAUACUCUCUCGCGCAGAGCUGCUCCCCUACAAAGAGGGCAUUUACCUCUGGAAAUACGUGCCAUCACUGGCACUCAGCAUCAUUUUUCUCUCACUCUUUGGCGUUCUUUCGCUCGCCCAUACGUGGAGGAUGUUCCAACACCGCUUGUGGUUUUGCCUACCGUUUGUGGUCGGAGGGUAUCUCGAGGCCGUCGGCUGCGUAGGCCGAGUCAUAGCCCGAAACGACACGAGCGAGCUCAUGCCCUACAUCAUCCAGUCCAUCUUCCUGCUUGUCCCGCCCUCGCUCUUCGCCGCCAGCAUCUACAUGGUCCUUGGCCGCAUCAUCCGCGGUCUCGGCCCCCGCGCCGUGGCCCUCUCCAUCAUUCGCCCUACAUGGCUCACCAAGGUGUUCGUCGUCGGCGACGUCUCCGCCUUUGUCAUCCAGGCCGGCGGCGCCGGCAUGAUGACGAGUGCCACGAAGAAAGACCUGGGGAAAACCACCGUCAUCGUGGGCCUGUUUGUUCAGAUUGUCUUCUUCGGCCUCUUCGUCCUGGCGGCCGUCAUCUUCGACGUGCGGUACAGACGCGGCCGCGACGGCUUCAGCGUCGUCGACGCCGACACGGCGCAGCUGCGCGACGGGGCCGUCGUUGCCCGGGGCGAGCCGUUUGACUGGGCGAAGCUCAUGAUGAUGCUGUACGCCACGUCGGCGCUGAUCCUCGUGCGCUGCACGUUUCGCAUCAUCGAGUACAUCAUGGGCCCGGAGGGCUAUCUCCUGUCCAACGAGUGGCCGCUUUUCGUCUUUGACCUGACACUCAUGGCGUUGGUCAUGGCCAUUUUCUUUGUCUGGUAUCCUUCCACUAUCAAACCGUUUCCGGUGACCGACUCGGUCGGUUUUGAGCUGGCCGCAGAGACCAAAACCAAGCGCAGUCUUGUCGGAAGAAAAGUCUCUGGAGGAGUGGUGUAG